CACCCAACAACGUCUCGACACUCAUAUGGGUAUUGUAGGGGUGGCACGAUGGAAGAAUGGUGGACAGGAUGACUUUCAAGCACUCCUUGACAACAUCAUGAAAGGGUAUAUGUGUAAACGGGAAGGGAAGUGGUCCAUGACAUUACAUUCGUAUCGUUCUGGUACUUUCCCCUCCCGAAGCAUCUAUACCGUUUCGACUUCAGCAUACACAUACGCUCUCCUCGAAGACGUUUCCAUACCUCCUCCGAGUAUCCAGCUUCCAUUACCCCCCACACGUCAAGUCCCUGGAACGCCUCGACCUACUCGCACCCAAUUCGUCACCAUUCCCUCACCUGAGGCGCUCCCCACGUUACUUUCACAAAUUUCGGGGAACUGGACUUCCUCGAGGCAAAAUAACGCUGCUCACAGUGGGAGAGGCGUAGUGUUUGGCGUGGGGCCGCAAGUUUUGCUUGAGGGACAUACGUACACCAUUGCAGGUGACUGGGUUGUACGUGUUGGGAGCGUAACGCAAGGUCCUGGUGCUCCUGGGGGAGCCAGCGGUGCAGCAAGAGGUAUAAUCAUUGAGGUAGAGUACCUUCCCCUGUCGAAACAACCGGCACCACAACCCGAGACCGGCAAUGGGCCGCUCAUUACUGAAUUCCUUAUGACGAUCGUACCAAAAGCCUCUCAGCAUCAGAUCUUGGCUGUGGCCUUAAGCCCGCAACAGUGGGCCGAGAUUCUCAAACCGGGAAGGGACGAUGAUGGGGGUCCAGUGGGGAAAGAAGAGGAGCAGGAGGCGGAUAAGCAAGAGAACGAAGAGGGAGAGGAACUGGAUGAUGUCCUUUGGACGGGGGAUGGAGAGGAUGAAGCGGCGAAGGAUGUUCAUCCUACUCACGAAAGAGAACGACGAUCGGCGUAUCUCAUCUUGAGAUGUCUGCAAGGAGAGGGAUUGCUGUAACCUAUACGAAUGUAAGUUCUUUUUGGUCCGGUUCAAGAGUGGGAGACAAUAAGUACAUGGACGAAGUUUAUUGCUUCGCAGCACAUCCUUUUUCUUGACCUAACCUUCUCAACAUGUUCAACCAGAUCCACCUGUCACCCCUCAUUUCCAUGUCAUACCACCAAUUCACAGCGAUUACCACGCCUUUCCCACCCGCCUCUUCGCCCUCCUGCGCAACGGCAUGCCACCAUCCU